UGUACAUCUACUGUACAUCUACUGUACUGCACAUCUACUGUACUGUACAUCUACUGUACAUCUACUGUACUGCACAUCUACUCUGACACAAUAUCAAUUAAUAAGAAAUCAGAGAAUACAUAUUCAUUGUGUAGCCAUUUCUCAGAUACCACAGCACUACUUGAUGUUCUGAAUCUUAAACAAAAUUACAAUUGAUCAUCAUUAUUAAUAAUCAAUUAUAAAGAGCAGGGCCACAGCCAGGAUUUUAAAAAUACUGAGGUUUUUUAUGUAUCAAUUAAAUGUGUGAUUUGUUAUUAUGUUUUAUUUAGUUUUUAUUUCAGUUAAAUUCAUAAGUGAUCGUAUUAAAAUGACAGAAAAGGAUGUGAUUAGAGAAACUCAAAACACAGUAUGUGACCUGAGUGUUCAGUGGUAGCGAGGUCUCUGGCUGAGACGCCUCGGGCCAGCAUGCAGGAAGCUGACAUUAAUAAUAAUAAUAUCAUAAUAUAAUAAUCACAGUGCCGGAGGAAAGUCAUUACGAGUACAGGAAUUUUUAUAGGAAUAUUUCGGCUUUUUAUGCCUUUAUUAGACAGGCAACAGUAGAGAGAUGGCAGGAAAUGAGGAGCGAGGCAGAGAUGGGCAAUAAAUCGACCCGAGGAAGUCAAGGAUGAUGGUUGGCACCUUAAACCCCAGGCCACCAGGCCACCAGGCCACCCCGAGGACACGAUAACUGUGUUUUGAUCACAGUCCUGGACCCUUUUGUAUGUUGCAUCCUUUGUGUUAGAGCUGUGCAUUAAGAGUUUUUCUCCUCGUCUUCAGGUGCUGUGCAUGUUCUACUCCGCCAUGUGUCUGGCAGGCUGGCCGCUCUCCUCGGAGGCAGCCAGACUCCGCUGCGGUUCUGAUCUCCUCAGUGACCUCAUAUUUGUGUGUGGGGACCGUGGAAUCUAUUUAGGUAAAGGUGCGUGGUCUGGUUACGGGGCUCGGCCCAGAGGGAAGGGGAUAGUGGACCAGUGCUGUCGGCCGUCUGGCUGUGAACUUCAGCAUCUGGAGAUGUACUGCGCAAAGCCAAAGAGCCAGCAGCACACCACAGCUUACCCAGCCACAACCACAGCAGCUCACACCACGACACAGCUAGACGUGGCGCAGCAGUUCCAAGCUGUGUUUCAGCAAAGACUUUUAGAGCACCUGGGGGCCCCCGACAGUCCAAAGAGAGAAGCCUAUAGAAAGAAAGCACAGCCUUCACCUCGACGGAAGAGCAAAGCUUCAUCAUCACGCAGGAGGAUUAACACAGAGACCACAACCAGCAGGCCUCCUUCCGCCUCUGGGACUCCCUUUCAAACAGUGAUGACCUCUGAAUCAUGACCUUUGACCUCAUGAAAAGCUGAAUAUUUAUAGUUACUGGAUUGGACCCAGCAAGUUUGAAAGACUGAUGCUGACUGUUGUGAUAACUUAAAGAAAUCCUCUGCAAAGUAGGGAUCCCAGCGGUCGAAAAUCAGAUGCCAGAUUUGGAGGGAAACAAACAUUUGCCAGGUGACUUAACACACCUGCUGGCAGCCAUGUUGGCGGUCCUGAGCUCCAGGGUGAAAUAGACUCCGCUGCUACGCUAGCCUCAGUGGAAUCUCUCACUGAGCCUUUCUUUCAUCUGAAACAAAGUGUCGUUGUGUGUUUUAUCUGUUUGUUAUGAUAUCCACCCACACUCUUUUCUAAUGUCGUCUCUCCAGUGUUUUAGCUUUAACUGCACACAACUGUAACAGCCACGUUGGGCUUGUGGGAAAUGGUGUUCGUUAGAGGUUGCUAAAUUUUAAACAAACAGCAAUAUUACAUUGUUUAUCAUCCCUGUCUAGACAAACGGAGUGUACUAAAUGACGUUCUAUUGACUUUUAUUAAUUUGCCUUAUUUCAAACGCCAGUUCUUACUUCUGGAACAGAACCUGGUAGUGCCAGUUUCAAUCCCGCUAUCUAUUAGCACCUUCAGCAACUUAGCGAGGCUUCCAAUAACCUCAACUUUUAAGACCCUCGUGAGGUUUUGGUACUGGUUUCCAUUGUAUUUAAAGCAGUAAUAAUUGUUUUUUGUUAUUGUUUUUUACAUAUUAUCACCUUAUAUGGUCGCUGAGACGAACAUGUUAGCAAACAGUGACUUAUAUACAUAUUUAGCAGUUAUGUAGCAACAUUAGCAUUCAUUUGGAGUGGUGUUUUAUAUAUAGCUCCAAUAUUCACUCUCCUUUUAGCUCUGUGUUUGGUCUCCAGCAGCUGCUGAGGGAAACAUCUGGCUCUUGAGCUGCUAGAUGCUCCGCUAUGUUCAGCAGCUGGUCGCUAGCGUUGUCUGUCUGCCGUCUGCUGCCGAGCGGCUCGAGUUCAGCAGCUUUUUACAUUUUACGUUCCCGCAUUGGAAAAGAGCUUUAUGGGUCAGAUCAGUUGAUAAUGUGUCUACUUAAUUUAAUUACUGUGCUAUUUUUGACAGAGCUAAUCAUGACGCCACUGAGAUGUUAGCUUGUUAGCCACAGUAGCUAACAAUAUUUUCUAAUUAGUUUAACACACUAAUUAUCAUAUAUUUAUGAUUUUCACAUAUGUACGUCUGUGUAGCGUGGAAUACAGUACACUGCAUCUGUUCACAGCCAUUUCACAGCACUUUGGACUGAAUUACAGUAUGUAGCUUUUGUUUUGGGAACAGACAUUAGCAGAAGGGGCUGAGAGAACUUGUUGUUACAUCUACUUCAGUUGUACUGAUUUUUAUUUCUCCUCUGUCUGAGAUCAUCGAGUACGUUGUGUUUAUUAUUUCAGUUUUGCGUUGACAUGUUUUGUGUAAAAGACUUUGAAUGCAUUCGUUAUUUAUUUCACUAUGACACCACCUGACUAUAAUAAAUAUUAAAACUUUA